CUUCAUCAUAAUCAGGUCUGCCUUUGUUUUGUUGAAGGGGAUUUUUUUCUUGUUAUUGAACAGAGUAAAACCAUGUCGGGCCGCGGAAAGGGUGGAAAGGGGCUGGGCAAAGGAGGUGCAAAGAGGCACAGGAAGGUGCUGCGAGAUAACAUUCAGGGUAUUACCAAGCCUGCCAUUCGCAGACUUGCAAGGAGAGGAGGUGUCAAGCGUAUCAGUGGCCUCAUUUAUGAAGAAACCAGGGGAGUUCUCAAGAUAUUUCUUGAGAAUGUUAUCAGAGAUGCUGUUACCUACACUGAGCAUGCCCGCAGGAAGACUGUCACUGCCAUGGAUGUCGUUUAUGCUUUGAAAAGGCAGGGCAGGACCCUUUAUGGCUUCGGCGGCUAGGGCUUUUAGUUCCUAUUGUUCUAAUUCUUUGGUGUCUUUUGACACCACCAUUUGUUGGAAGUUUUCAGACUCUGCUAAAUGUAGUUGCUCUAGAUUUCAGUAGCUCUUGCUGCUUUUAUUCUUGUGGACUUUUAGGGUUUCAGUGAUAGCAUUGUGAGAUGAUGUUGGUAUAUUUUGUUGGCAAUCAAUGUAUUUGUGAUGAUGUGUUUUUCAGUU